ACACUCACUCUCUUCUUCCUCUCUCCCCUUAGUUGUCCUUUCGCGGAAUACGGACGGAGUUUUUCAUUCUCAUUCUUCUUCUUUGAUUUCUUCAAUUUACCCUGCAGAAAUUUUUGAUCUUGUUGUUAUCCCUUCCCCCCAUUUUCGUGUUCCUUCGUGUCGCGGGAUUUCCAUAUCAUCAUCAUCAUCAUCAACAUCAACAUCAUCAUUUCUGCUAUCCUUACGUGUUUCUACGUAUUAGCUCCUUCGUCUUCUUAUCGACUUGCGGUCGCUCCCCUCAUCUCGCCCCUCUCGGUCAUUUUUUGGUAUCGAUAAAGAUCGUAUAAUCUUCAUCCCUGACCAUCCACCUCAAUCUCAUUCUGGAAUAAGAUACCUUCUUGCGCCUCGCAAAGCUUUUACGACUCAAUCCUUGUCUUCGAUUUUCGUGCCAGUUUUCGAAAGUCGCGGCAUUCAUCAACGAAUCUUAAAAGCAACUGUUAAUCACUAGUUCUCUUGCUGUGCGCUCUCGUUCAACUGUUAUCAACAUGUCUUUCCAGAACUACGAAUAUCAAAACCAGCAGGACGGCGCUGCAUCUGCCGGUGCUCCCGCCCCUGCCGACACCACCAUGACCGGUCAAGCUGAUCCUUCCCCCGCUCCUUUCGCUGGUACCCCUGGUGAACCCUCUGCUGCUGCUACCCAGCAGGGAGGCGACGGCAAGACCACUCUUUGGAUGGGCGAGCUCGAGCCAUGGAUCGACGAAAAUUUCAUUCGCAACCUUUGGUUCCAGAUGGGCGAACAGGUUAAUGUCAAGAUGAUUCGCGACAAGUUUUCUGGAAGCAAUGCUGGUUACUGCUUUGUCGAUUUCGCUUCCCCCGCAGCCGCUGCCAAAGCUCUCAGCCUAAACGGUACUCCCAUGCCCAAUACGACCCGCGCUUUCAAGCUUAACUGGGCUACUGGUGGUGGACUCGCUGACCGAGGCCGUGACGAGCGCGGACCGGAAUACUCGAUCUUCGUCGGUGAUCUCGGCCCUGAAGUCAACGAAUACGUCCUGGUGUCUCUUUUCCAGAGCCGUUUCCCAUCUUGCAAGUCCGCUAAGAUCAUGACUGACCCCAUCAGCGGCAUGUCUCGUGGUUACGGUUUUGUUCGCUUCUCUGAUGAGAACGAUCAGCAGCGCGCUUUGAGUGAGAUGCAGGGUGUCUACUGCGGUAACCGUCCCAUGCGCAUCUCGACUGCCACUCCCAAGAACAAGGGUCCUGGCGUUGGUCCUGGUGGCAUGGGCAUGCCUGGCCCCGCUGGUAUCUACCCUCCUGCCGCUAUGGGUGGUCCUCCUAUGGGUUUCUACGGUGCUCCUCAGCCAAUGAACCAGUUCACCGAUCCCAACAACACAACCGUCUUUGUUGGAGGUCUUUCCGGCUACGUUACCGAGGAUGAGCUUCGUUCUUUCUUCCAAGGAUUUGGCGAAAUCACCUACGUCAAGAUUCCCCCUGGCAAGGGUUGUGGCUUCGUUCAGUUCGUCCAGCGCCAUGCUGCCGAGAUGGCUAUCAACCAGAUGCAGGGCUACCCUAUCGGCAACUCUCGUGUCCGUCUUAGCUGGGGCCGCUCUCAGAACAACUCCGGACCUGCUGGAACCCCCUACCGCCCUGCGCCUCCCCCACCCAUCUACCCUAACAUGGGAAUGCCCCCUGCUCACCAGUACGGCGGUGGCUUCGCUCCCAUGAAGUAAGGAAUGAACAAAAUAUUCCAUGACUUCAGGAGAGUUUCUUAGCAUCAUCUUCCGGCAACGUGACUGGUAUGACUAUCAGCUUGCUCUUCCCUUACGGUUAAGUCUUCUCUAUUGCUCUUGAUGGGCAUACUGUUUUAGGCACUUGUUUUCAUCUGAGCGGGUUCUUUUACUUCAAUUUAUGGAACGAUUCCGCGUUCACGUGAGCGAUUUUCAUCCCCAGCUAUGUUGUUUCGGGUGGCUUGCGUAUUGAAUUGUUUUUCUCCUUUCCUGCGUCUAAUGAUGCACGAACUCUCAUGCCCUCCAACUUCAAGAUUGUUCUUUUACCUUUUUUUCUUUCUUUUUCCUCUUUUUCCUCCUUAAAUCUCCAUUUGUGUGCUCCUUGCCUCGUUGGGUCGGCGUGCUGCAAAAAGUUUUUUUAUGAAGCCUCUGUUCUUACGAACCGGUCUUGUCGAACGCGCUUUUGAGGUUUGUUUCAUUAUAUGCUUUUUGUAGACUGACGACUGUACAACAUGCUAAGCUGCUUGUGAUCGUUUUCUUUCCUUUACCGUCCUUCGAGCUCCCUUUCCUUUACUUUGUACCCAUUUUCAAUGCGAGGUUUCCUCCAACUGUACCCCGACUACGUUCUCUAGGUUUUAGGACCACUUCUCUUAUGUCUCAAUCUUCUACCAGUCUUAUUCUCUAUUUUCUUUUUCUUGACUUUCUCUUCUCUUACGUGUAGCGCGUUGUCUCUAGACCGUUGACAUGGCUUCAAGUAUUACGACACUUGUUUGAAAUCUUACUGUCGUCAUUUUACCCCUGAAAUGAUGAAUUAUCAGGAGGUUUGCCUCCAGGAUCUCAGUUGCUUCACGCCUUUAUUCUUGUAAGUAUUAGGGAUGAUUAGAAUGGAGUUACGGAUCAUGGCCAAUCUACGAUUAUGUUCGGUUUGUCUAU